AAGAAGUACUUUUGACAAGAAUUCAGAUAUUUUUAAUAUUGAUGUGUUUCCCUGUUCAAGAGUUUUAAGAAAUGGUCCACAGUGCUCAGUUCAUGGAGUUUGCAGAGGUGGAAAACCAUGACGACUUUCACACUAGUGAAGAUGGAUAUAUUCACACACAGGACCAGCGAGGGGUUUACAUAAUAUAUGAUGUGGCUUUAGAGGACCUGAAGGAGGUUAAGUACCAGCUGCUGCUUGUGGCCAGCCAGUACACUGAGAAAGAUAAAAGCAAUGUAACUUGUGAGCAAUUCAGUAGCAGCAAUAUUCUUCGCUGGGCACAUGCCUCUGUGGAUCAAUUUGCUGUGCUGCUUGACCUCUGGACCUGUGAAACUGCUCUAUUGGAAAAAAAAUGCCAGCUUCUAGAUGUUUACUCUGAAUCUUACCAACAUGCUUUGGACCCAGAGGAAAGAUGCUUUGCCCAACCAAUAACUGACAUCAUGCAUAAAUGUCCAUGGUUUGAUCUCAACCUUAAAUAUUUUGUCAACACCCACAAAGAUGAACGCAUCUGUUUACAACUUCACCUCCAAGUGCUGAGGGGCAUAUUAAACCAACAAGGAGAUGCCCAGCGGGAUUAUGUCCACAAGAUUUGGCGGGAAGGUCAAAGAGGUGGCAUAGGUGAAUUUGGACUUCCUUAUAAUGUAUUACUAAGCACCUUAUCUCUCUUAAUACUAGCCAAUGAUCCUACUUUGAAGAACAUUUAUUUGCUGGAGUUUCACCCUUCUCUUGGUCUGGUGUGCUUGAUCCCCAAAGCUCUUGAGUAUAUCUACCAGGAAUUCUACAGCAUCUGCAGACCAAAAACAGCCAGUAAAGCAAGUAACCUAGAAAAACAAGUGCUUCAGCUAGUAGUUGAUGAGUGGCUAACUAUGAAAAAACCAGAAAGUUUUUACAGUUCUCAUAUUCAAAUAGAUAUCAUCAUACAUACAGUGGCACAUGUGCUAGGAUCUGCACACUCUUUAGAGGAGGAAUGGCCUCAGCUAGUAAUAAGUGAAUCAAGUUACAGAGCCGCUGCUUUAGAGAGAAAAAAUGAAGAAAAAAAGACAGGUGGAGAAAAACGGCUCUUUACCCUGGAUUCCUUCUCCAUGCUCCUGGAGCUUGCCAUGCUCCACCAUCAGCUGAUAGAGGUGGUGACAGAGAGUGCGCAGUUAGCCAGGUUAGUGGGUUAUAUAAGGCUUUUUGCAAUGGAAGCAGGUUUUGGUGAGUUCCAUUUGUACCUGAGGCCUGUGCUCUUCGAAUCUGCAUCUCACAGGAAGAAAGCAGAGCACCUCCCACCAAUGUUCAUUGCAUCUCUCCUGGGAGAUGACAGCUGUGUUGACAGAUAUAUUCCAUCUAGCUUAACACUGAGCAUCCAAGAAAUUGACAGUCAUCUUGGAAAAUUUAGUUUCCGUACAAGAGAUGGUGUUAUGCAGUUAUGGGGGGGUGGCGGGAGGGACAGGAGCAACCCCCAGACUCCUAAAGCAGUCAAAUCCAAAGGAUGGAAACGCUCCAGCCGCCUCGACGCUUUUCGGUACGGAGGCAGUGAAGGUCACUGCCCGGGCUGCCAGUGGGAAGAGGGCAGGGAAACGCACGCCCUGUACCCCCAGUGA